AUGUUGGCGGUUGCACUCCCUAAGGAGUCCCGCGAAGCCACGAUGUGCAAGGGGUUUGGUUCCACUCUGAUCGGACCUGCCUUGCAAUGGUACAUCAAUCUCCCUACCAGGUCAAUAUCUUCCUUCGCAGGCCUGAGCGACAAAUUCGUGGAGCAAUUCACAAGCAGUAGGAGCCUGGAGAAGACUUCAGAUGGUCUCUACGAGAUCCUCCAGCAUCGAGUGGAACCCCUGCAAGACUACAUAGCCCGCUUCAACCAGGAGAAAGUGGGGGUCCCCGAAUGCAGCAUCCCUACUGCGAUCUCUGCCUUCAAGAGAGGUCUACUUCCAGAUGGGGGGCUAUACAAAGAUCUGACCAUGUAUCCUUGCAAGACCAUGAAAUAUGUGUUGUCCCGAGCCUGGGCGCAGGUGAAGUGGGAGGAAGAUGUUGCUAGCCGCGCCAAGGCUCAGCCAAAGCAGGACCAAAGGUCAGCCCCAUCAGAUCGAGGAGACCGAGAUGAAAGAUCCUCCCAAAGGGGAUCCAAGGACUCUGGUAGUAGAAACAGGGGCAUUUUCCAGUACCGGCCGCAAGAGAAGGAAGAAGGGAUGUCGGUAUCUACCUGGCCCAAUAUCUCCCAUCUCUCAAUAUCAACACCAGAGCUAGUCAACGCACUGAGAUAUAUGGGCCAACAGGUUAAGUGGCCUCCGAAGAUGAAAGCACCUGACUCGUUCCGGAACCCGGGACUUUGGUGCGACUUCCAUUGCGAUCAUGGCCACAAAACCGAAGACUGCAUCGCCCUGAGGAUCGAGGUCAACGAACUACUCCAAAAGGGGCAUCUCCGACAAUUCCUCUCAGAGAAAGCCAAGGCCCACCUCAGCAAAGAGACAGCAGGGAAAUCCAAAGGAGCUGCACUAGCCUCACCACCUCGCCAAGAUCGGGUGAUCCAUGUCAUAUCCGGAGGCUCAUAA